GAUGGGAGUUUGGUCGCUAUUUUGGCUGUACCAGCAUGGAUGAGACCUGCGGACUUUCUGGAAUUCAUAGGAGGGUGGGGGACGUGUCUAGAAGGAGUGAGAAUGAUCAGGUCUACAACACCUAAUCGUUCCAUUGUUCUUCUCAAAUUCAGAGAUCCUCUUCAAGCUUCAGACUUUAUGAUAAUAUUCACAGGUCGAGCAUUUUCAUCAUUAGAUUCAAGAGAAACAUGUCAUCCUAUACGUAUACAUCAUUUAGUUCUUCAUCGUCUUGAAAAUCCUAAUUCUUUUCCUAUUUCCAUCCCAGCAUUCCCACCUUCCAUUUACGCAUCUAGAGCAAGAGAAUUACCAGAAUUACUUCGAGGUAUUCCGGAAAAUAACAAAUACGAAUUACCUUCAUGUCCCGUUUGUCUAGAAAGAUUAGAUUCAACAAUCACAGGUCUUGUGACUUUACCUUGUGCUCAUACUUUUGAUUGUGAUUGUUUAAGGAAAUGGGGUGAUUCACGUUGUCCAGUAUGUAGAGUAUCACAUCUUUUAUUAUCUUCUGCACAAAGUGGUAAAGGUGAAAGAGAAGAAGAACAAGUUACUAGAUUAACACAAUGUUCAAUGUGUGAUUCUAAAGAGAAUAAUUGGAUGUGUGUAGUUUGUGGUGUUGUAGGUUGCGGAAGAUAUUCACCUGGGAAAGGACAUGCUAGAAGACAUUGGGAAGAAAGUGGACAUGUUUUAGCUAUGGAAUUGGAUACUCAAAGAGUUUGGGAUUAUAAAGGUGAUAAUUAUGUUCAUCGUUUGAUACAAACUCGAACAGAUGGAAAACUCGUCGAACUUCCUUCAGCUUCAUCACUUGUGACACCUUCAGCUCCUCAGCGACUCAUCUCUACUCCCACUUCCCAAGAAGCAGGUCCUUCAUCUGGUGAUAUCGAUAAAAUCUCUACUAUAGAAGCUAUCACUCUCGAAUACUCUUACCUCCUCUCAUCCCAGCUAGAAGCGAUGAGACAACAUUAUGAAACCUCUCAAGCGGCAUUACUUGCUCAAAUUGCCGAUUUGGAAGGUUUGGCUAGACGAGUCGAAAAAGCCGAAGCAGCAGCGAAAGAAGCCACGAAGAACGCACAGAAAGCAGAAACGAAAGCUGAGAAAGCAGCACAGUUAGCGAGAACGUUACAAACUUCUCUCUCGGCUGAAAGGGCUAUGAGUGAAGGGUUGAGUAAAAAAGUCAAAGUUUUGUCAGAGGAUAAGGAGAGAUUGAUAUCGGAUAAGAAAAACAAGGAAGAGGAAAUCAAAGGGUUGGAAGAGACAGUGAAGGAUUUGAUGUAUAAUUUCGAAGCUGGUGCAAAGAUACAA